UACUACGUUUGUCAUGUCAUGAAUACAGAAAAUCAGAAAAUGAUAACAGUUCGCCUUCGAUCGUUUCAUACAUUUCGUAGUGAGUAAUUUCUUUAGUUUGCGAUAAUAUAUCAGAUGGAAUCUGGAUGAUAAUUUACUUCUGAAAAGCCUUUACACGCGGUAUUAAUGGCCAAACUACCGAAUGGCUGGGUUCAGUUGGUACCUUUCUGAGGGCUUCCAAGUUAUUAUUGAGAAGUCCAAAGAAGCAAAAUGCUCUCUAAAAGAUGUCCAAUUGCGUUUCUUGUGCCCUGAUGACCUUGAAGAGGUGAGAUCUCUAUGCAGAGAUUGGUUUCCAAUAGAAUAUCCACAAUCAUGGUACGAGGACAUCACAUCAUCAGAGAGAUUCUUUGCCCUUGCCGCUGUUUACAAGUCACAAAUCAUUGGUCUCAUAGUAGCUGAGAUAAAACCCUAUUUAAAAUUGAAUGCAGAAGACAGAGGAAUACUUUCGCGAUGGUUUGCAUCAAAGGACACACUCGUAGCCUACAUACUUUCUCUGGGCGUGGUGCGGUCGUACCGGCGGUCGGGCGUGGCCACCAUGCUGCUGGACGUGCUGAUCAAUCACCUGGCGGGGCCGGUGCCGCAGCCGCCGCACCAUCACCGUGUCAAGGCCAUAUUCCUUCACGUGCUCACUACUAACUCUGAGGCUAUAUUCUUCUAUGAAAAAAGAAGAUUCAGAUUACAUUCUUUCCUGCCUUACUACUACCUGAUAAAGGGCCACUGCAAGGACGGGUUCACGUACGUGUACUAUGUGAACGGCGGCCACGCGCCGUGGGGCCUGUACGACUACGUGAAGUACGUGGCGCGCGCGGCCUGGCGCGGCGGCGGGCUCUACCCCUGGCUCUGGAGCAAGCUGCGGCCCGCGCUCACCAUCGUCUGGCACAGAUCAGUCGCAUUCCGAUGUCGGUCGUACGUUAGCGAAGCGUAGCGCAGCGACGUGUCCGAUAGGUACUGGCUGGUUUUAAUCUCGUGUUGAUCGCCGAAUAAAUUGUUUUUUCUGCGUUUUCCAUUAAUGCUGGCAGCUUAGCCUGACGAUAUGACGCGAAACUGCAUGACUGCUGUUUUUUAAAUGUAAAUAUUUUAAAUUGAUUGAUAGUCAAUUUUAACCUCUAGUGAGCGUUCUCUUGACGGCAUUCAGCGAGAGAAGAAAACCAGCUUUAUGUUUUGAAUGUCGUGUUGGCUUCAUUAAUAGCAUGUAAAGUACAUAGUGGUGCGAUCAUUACGGACAUUGAGGCAUAUUUUUAUCUAUUUUAUGGUAAUGAACCAGGUCUUGGUUAAGUCCAAAUACAUUAUUUCCUUGCCAGUGAAAGAGGUUUUAAAUAACUUUCUUUAUAUUUUUAUACACGUGUUUUACUGUCUUGACUUGAUUGAGAAUAGUGCCUCAGAUACGAAGUAUCUCAUAUCUACCAUUUCAAUUAUCCUGGAAUAUAUAAAAAUAUGCAACUGUAUUGUAACAGUACAUGCCACCACUGUUCUGAGUCAUUGGGACAUGCCAGAAUACAUUAUUGUGAACUAUUAUAAUACUGGCUGAAUAAAUCACAACUAAUGAUGAUUUGAAACUAAUUUGGAUUCUGUUGGGUGAUCAGGAAUGCAUGUACUUUAUCUCGUCAUUGGGUUCUUAUAAAUUACAUCAGUCUCAAAUACGAAGUCGAGAAAUGUUGUUUAAUACAAUGUGUUCAGCACAUGAGGUUCACGAUUACCUCAUCGUAAUACUAGAUCAACUCAUGCCAAAUCAUAACCACAACAUUGGUCACGAUGGUGAAAAUUCCGCAAUGUGGCGAUUCCGCAGCGUGGUUAACAACAUCCGUCGACCCAACUGUUUAUGUUAAUUAUAGUUGUUAAGUUUAAUUAUUAUGACGAUUCUGUUAGCACGUUAUCGAAAAUAACCUUUAAUUUAUUGGUCGAAGUUGUUAUUUUGUAAAAAAUGCGAAUAGGUUUUUUUAUUGUUUUUUUUUUAUUCAUUAUAUUUCAGAAUCAAAUGGAUAGGUAUUAUUGUUUAAUGUUGAAUUCUUUUGGUAUUAAAUGUAUUUCGUAGUUUCACACCAAGCACAGAGAUACAGUAUUGAAGGCAUGGCGUUAGUCGCGAGAGAAUAAAAAGUAAGUAAGUAGGUACUCCAAUUUGUUGAUUUUCUUUUCAAUUUAUUUUUUACGCAAAUUGACGCCAAGCUGAUUGAACCAGAGAGAUCAAAUAUUUAAAUCGAGUUUUCAUAACAAACAAACUAAUCUGUAUGUAUUACCUAUAUAUAAUCUGUCUGUAUAAUAUAUAGAUAUUUUGGUCGACUUGGCUUGAAAGUGAAACUGACAAUGUUUUUGUGAUAAUUUUGAGUAUCCAAAGCUUUAAAUUUAAAUAUGACAUACAUAUUGAAUUAUUCGUGUCUAAGAAAUAAAAUUGUAUUAAUGAGUUAAUACUGAAAUGUGUAUUUGUACCAUGUUAGUUUGGAAUUACAGUGAUGGCAUUGUUAGCUGUGAAUAUUAUGUACAGUAUCGUGUGCCAUGACCACUGCCAACAAAGUAAAGUAAGGUGCCUGUGUGUUCAGUGUAAGAUGUAAAUUACGAAUAAAUUAUAACGUCUCAUUAAAGUUUAACGAAAUACUAGUAGUUAUUUUGAUAAAAUAUAUAAUUUUUUAAGUCAAAUUACGUUGUACGAACUUUAAAUAAUUUAGUCAUACCUAUAUAUUCUACUGUAUGUGCAUUCGGCGCCAAAAUUAUUUAGUGUUUGCUCAAAAACUAUAUGUUUGUCAUGACGUGGUGUACUCGUAUAGGAACAUAAAAAUAUUGCAAAGGCUAAAAAUAAUUGUCGCAGAGUGCACUCACCACUCAAUUCAUAUUCCAGACGUUCAUAUUCCUAGGCAAUUUGAAAUCCCAGUGCAAAUCCUGGCAGUGUUACUCAUUGUAAACCAAAGUAUAUCCUAUUAUUUUUACUCAUACUGUAUUUAAUGUUUACUCCUUAAUUAAGUAUUAAUUAUAUUAAGUGUUUCGUUGCAAUGAGUAUUACUUUUUUGGACCAUUCUCUUUGUUCCAUUAGAUGUAUAUAAAUGACAAUUUGGUAUUUGUGAUAUUUUAAACAAAAAAAAAGCAUUAUUUUUUUGAUCAAAAAUCUUUUGUAUAAACAAUGUACAUACAUACACAUUUGCAAUUAGUGUAAUUGUUUUGAAUUGUAAAUUCCCAGCGGAUUUAUUUUUUAAUUUUAAUGUUACGACACCAGCACAUCCUGACGUUGAAUACCUAUAUUUAUGUUAUAAUUGUAAUUUUUCUAUUCUACACCUUAGUAACUUAUGGAAAGAAAUUUAGCUUCCAAAUAAAUAUCAUUGUUGAUUA